AUGGUGUCGAGGUAUCUAUCAAUUGCCGAGGUCGAUCGUCAUCCGAUUUCCAUCAAAACCCAGGAGGUAUCGUUUAACGGAUCAUCAUCCGGGAGUGCCAAGUCACAGUUUAUCGGCAUAUCAUUACCAUGGUUUGGUCAAUACUCUAUGAUUGACCCGGAUUUUUCAAUAUUUGUUAGCAGCAAAGCAACAGGGAAUUGCGACUCUUCCAAGCCCGUGGAAUGGAAGAUUAUCACUGGAGUGGUCGUAGGCGGUUCUGUCUUUAUAGCACUCGCCAUUACAACCAUUGCUGUUGCCAAACGGAAUCAUUGGAUGGCAAAGGCUAAAGCCAAUAUUAAAUCUUUCAAAUUAAAAAAAGUAUCCAACAAUUAA